CUACCUUUGUAACUGGUUGACAUUUAGGCUUUAUGGGACGCUCGUAUGGAUGGACCAAGCUGGCCAACUGAGCUGCCCGAUUGGGCGACCGCGGAAGACCAAUUCCAUAGCUUUUGCGACGGCAUUGUCAAACUAGCAACCCAAACAGCACAAUUACUGUUCCAGGAUAAAAAGGACAUACAACGUGCUAAGGAAUUGGCUCGUCGCCGGGCUCAGCGCAGAAUGGCACAAGUCAUCUUGGCGGCCGCGCCCGCUGCGCUUGGCGCUUGGGUGGUGGCUGCCAACUUGUUAUCGCAGGAUGCCGCGACCAUCAUAUUGCCCGCCCAGCUGCAGGCAUUGGUGGACUUCUUGCGUGGGAUGCGCUCCCGUCGCCGCCAAGCGGCUCGCCGCCGCCUCGCCCACCACCUUUCCCCCGCCGCCGCCGACCGCGAAUGGCUCUUCGGCGUCCUGCCGCCCCCAGUCACAGCCAACAUCCUCGCCCGCCUCGACCCACUCAGCCGUAAGGCCCUGCGAGCCGUUAACCGCCGUUGUCGGUUGGCGGUUGGCGGCGCAACGACCCGGCUUCUGUUGGACCCCAUUGGGCUGCGACGGUGGCGGGUGGCGCCGCUGGGGCUUGUGUU